AUGUCAUCGAAACCGAUUUGUGACCGUGUUAACACAUAUGCUAACAGAACUAUUGGUAUACCGGGAUAUGAAGGGAUACCUCACAAUUUACUGAUCAAUGUUGUUGGUUGGGUGGUUUUAAUGUUUGGAUUUUCAUUGCUAAGGAAACUUGCAUGGGACUAUGGACGUAUGGCUAUGGUUCAACCGAAGAAGAAUAGAUGGACCACACUGUUCUACGCAGAUGUACAGAGACGUGUUAGUGAAACUGGUUCAGUUGAAAGUUUAGAACAAAAUAUACCCAUGAAUGAUCCUGGCUAUUUCUCAUGGAUAAUCAGCUAUUUUAAACUGACGUCUGAUGAUCUACAGUCUAAGGCUGGAAGUGAUGCUGUUCAGUACUUGAGAUUUCAUACCUACUUAAUCAUUUAUACUGCAAUAACUACAGUUUUAUGCUUAGUGGUCAUUCUCCCGGUGAAUAUACACGGCACACUAAAAUCUCCUGACUUACAACAGUUCGGUGUAACAACAAUAUCAAAUAUAUCCAGUAAUUCUUCCAGUCUAUGGGUUCACACAAUAUUUGCUAUUGGAUUUUUUCUCUUGGCAUUUUUUCUAAUGCAACAUUUCUCCAGGCAGUUUCGUCGGGAAUCGAAUCGAACAUUAAAUUUUUCAGAUAAGACACUAAUGAUUUGGGGGAUAUCAAGAACCAAUAUUUCUCGAGCACUCAUUCUAAGGCAUUUUGCUGAACUUUACCCUGACUGUCCUGUUGAAGAUGUGCAAAUUUGCUAUGAUAUACGUAAAUUGAUAAAACUUGAAAAUGAAAGAGAUAGUCUUCGAACUGCAUUGAAAUAUUCUAUAGAAAGUUAUGAACAAAAAGGUCGACGUCCACUGAUCAUUCCACGGUGUUGUGGUUGGAUGUGUAAAAAGUGUUAUAAAAAUAAUUUUUGUCGUGAUUGUUGUUGGCGUGAAACAUAUACUGAACAAAGUCCAGAAUUUGCCUAUCCUUCAGAUGAUAGUCCAAUCCCAUGGUCAGAGACAGCAGACACUACUAGUAUUCAUAAUAACAGUAAUAAUAAUAAGUAUAAUAGAACAAUAGCCUUGACAAAUAGUUGUUCAUGUUGUUGUGCAUGCACACCAGCAGUGGAUGCAAUCGAUUAUUAUGAAAGCAGAAAUCAUUAUAUUCAAGAAGAAAUCGAUAAGGAGUAUGAUAUUGCUUUUAAAACACCUAUUGGUAUAGCAUUUGUAACUUUCUCAACAAGAUAUGCUGCUGCACGUGUGUGCAAGGAUUAUCGAGAUACAUGUAAACGUUUAAUGAAUCGUUUAACGUCUAGUGUGAGUAAGGAGUUAAGAAGUCAUACAUGGUCUGUGGAUUUUGCACCAACGCCUAGUAACAUCAUUUGGGGGAAUUUAUCUGUCACUCGAACUGUUUGGUGGUGUCGAGCUAUCAUUAUUAACCUAUGCGUCUUCUUUGUGGUAUUCUUUCUGACUACACCUACAUACGUAUUGAAUUUGGUUAAUACACUGCAUUUAACUGAACGUCUACAGAUUAACAAUCCUUUGCUGAAUCAAUUUAUACCGUCAAUUAUCCUCUGGUCAGUGUCUGCUUUAUUACCGUACAUUGUCUUCAAUUCUGAUCGUAUUGUUGGUCAUUGGACAAAAUCAUGUCUACAUUUAACUGUUAUGACCAAAACAUUCACCUUACUGAUUCUAAUGAUUUUGAUACUCCCAUCGCUUGGUUUGACAUCAAUACCUGCUCUACUUCAAUGGCUUUUUCCCGAAAUGCGUAUCAUACCGUUAGUCCCAUCGAAUGAUGAUAAUACCACUGUAGUGGAUUCAACUACUACUACUGCUACUACUACUACUACUACCACUACUGCGACUAUUACCAUUGCUGCUAUGAAUGCUACUACUACUACUACUACUACUCCUACUAUUACUACCACUACAACGCCUUCUUCACUUGAAUUUGAAAAUACCACAAGUCCAUUUAUCCCAUUGGGGCCACAAUCUUUUCAAUGGGAAUGUGUUUUUAUGCCAGAUAAUGGUGCUUUCUUCGUGAAUUAUGUUAUCACUGCAGCAUUUAUUGGUACAGCAUUAGAAUUAGUUCGUUUCUCUGAAUUAAUUAAUUAUGCCUGUCGAUUAAUGUGUGUUAAAUCAGGUGCUGAAAAAGGCGGUGUACGAAAGGCUAGUCAAUUUGAAUUUGAAUUCGGCUUAUUCUAUGCUUGGAGUUUAUGUGUAUUCGCAGUGAUAUGCGCCUACAGUAUACUUUGUCCAUUGAUUACACCAUUCGGUUUAAUAUAUCUAAUCAUGAAGUAUUUUGUUGAACGUUAUAACCUGUACUAUGCCUAUCUACCUAGUCGUAUUGAUUCACACAUUCAUUGGCUUGCAAUCAGUUGUAUGCUGGCGUCUGUUUUCCUACUACAAUUGAAUAUAUUCAUGUUUAUUGUACUGCGUGCAGAUACUGUCAGUCAUGCUUUAGUGUUGUGUUCACUUUUGGGAUUGAUAUUCUCAGCAUUAUUAUUAAUAUUUACAAUUAUUACUGGAUGGGUAUUAGCUGGAAAUACUUCAGCGCGUAAAUAUCUCCUACGACAUGCAAAUCAUAUACCUGUUAAUGAAGAUGUAUUCGAUGAUCAACAGAGUCAAUUUACGCGGUCGAGUAGUUUGAAUUCUAAGAAACAAUUCAAAAAUCAUAUGCCGAACACAAUGGAUGAUCAAAACUCUAUCACAGAUCAUAAUGAUGCAUCAAUACGUGUCGGUGUGCAUGCUUUUGAUCAGAUUACAUCACGAUUAGACGCUGAAGUACAACAACAACAACAACAACCGACAAAUAUCGAUUUAACCAGUGGUCCUAGUUCUAUGCAAAUACUUAGUCGACAAGAUCUGCGUAGAAAUUCAUGCCUUGAAAGAUCAUAUUUCAAUGUAGACAAUGAAUUAUUGGUAAAUCCACAAUUUGUUGCUCCAGUCCUAUUGAAUAUACAUCAACGCGUCACUGCAUCUCGUCGGCCUAGUGCAUUUUCUGUCACCAGUUGUGUACACGAGAAUCAUCCAGAUAAUCAAGUCGAUUUUGGAGGUGAUCAUAAUCUUCAACGUGGAUAGAUAACACUCCUGUCCUUGUCAGUACUGAACCGGUCGUGUAUUUCUGUCAUGCCUUUCUAUCUGUCUUUUAAUUUUUUCCCUUUGUAUAUUAUUCAUUAUUACUAUUUCUAUCAUCGGCGUUUCUAGUUCUAUCCAUCGCACAAAAAUGUGGAUUUAUUCUCUUUUGCUGUGAUUAAUGUCUGAUAUAUAUUCAGAAAUUCUGUGAAUAUUUGCCUACCUCUUCGACGUCUUCGUCUUCUUCUUCUCAUUUGUUAUCGUUUCUCUCCUUCGUAUAUCCUUUCUCUUCUUCUUCAACGCAUAUUCUCUUUUGUAUCCGCGCCUUACCCACAGCAACACUUCGACAAAUCGAUUAUUGCCUUUUACUUGCCUAAUCAAGUCAAAUAACCAAAUGUAUUGUAGUACUUGCCACUUUUGUUGUUGAUACUGAAGUAUAUACUUCUGCAUAGUCUAUUAUCCUCUGUCUGUGUGUUUGUCUGUCUGUCUGUCUAUCUCUACCGCUCUCUCUCCUUGAUGUCUAUGCGCGUUUACCCUCUUUUUUAAAAUAAAAUAAGAGCGAUGUUUGUCAAGUGUCCAAUUAGCAUUGAACAUUGACUACAUAUUAUGUGUUUCAUCAUUCGUUGUCUACAGCAUGCACCUAUCGCUUGUGUAAUUAUUAUUACUGUUACUGUUACUAUUUGUCGUACUAUUUCUUUUUCUCGUCAAAACAUUUCAACUAUUUUUCUAUAUUUAAUUAUAUGAUGUUUCUUAUUGUCUAAAUAGCUAGACAAUUUUGUUUAAAUCACGAAAUUUUUGUUUAACAUUAUAUCUUCUAUGCUUUUUUGUACUAAGGGUUAUGCUGUUGGUCAUUUUGUGUCUGUUUGUGUGUAUGUGUGUGUUGAUAGAACUGCAGUCAUUGUUGUAACCCCAGCAUCGUAAAACAACCUUGAUAAUGUCAUCAUCAUCACCUUGUUGUUUCCUUAUGCAUUGUUUAUUUAUUAUUGUUUUGAAUGUAGCGGGUUAAUUUUUUUCAAUGUACAAUGUUUGCUGCACAUAGGGUUCAAUGUUCGAGUUGAACGAUGUUCGCGUGUGUGCGUGUGUGUGUUUAGAUAAAUUGUCACAUGUUUGCUUACCUUUAAAUGCUCUUUGCCAUUUCUGGUGUGUGUGUGUGUGUGUGCGUGUACUUGUGUAUUUAUGAUUGUGAUUGUUAUUAUCUAUCAUAGAGAUUCAUAGAGUUACCUUUUUCUACUGUAAGAGAUUGAAUAUAUAUAUAUUGAAAAUCAGUGAAUAAGAGAAUUAUUGUGCUUACUA